AUGGAUCAGCGUUAUGUCUGGAGGAGGAAGAAUGAAGCAUACGCUGUAAAGAACACCCUGCCUACAGUGAAGCAUGGCAGUGGCUCAGUGAUGCUCUGGGGCUGCUUUGCUUCCUCUGGCACUGGGAAUCUGCAGCGUGUGGAGGGCAAGAUGGAUUCAAUCAAGUAUCAGGAAAUCCUGGGAGAAAAUGUCAUGCCAUCUGUGAGGAAGCUGAAGCUUGGACGUCAUUGGACCUUCCAACAGGACAAUGAUCCCAAGUAUACCUCAAAGUCCACCAAGGCUUGGUUUCAGAAGAAGUCCUGGAAGAUACUAGAGUGGCCAUCACAGUCGCCUGACUUGAACCCCAUUGAAAAUCUCUGGUGGGAUUUGAAAAAGGUGGUUGCAGCACGCAAACCCAAGAAUAUUAGUGAACUGAAGGCCUUUGCCCAUGAGGAAGGGGCUAAGAUCCCUCAGGAACGCUGCCAGAGGCUGUUUGGCCUGAGACAGACUCUGACGAUGAAAGGAUACAUUUUCCUUGUGGUGAACUUGGCAACAGCCUUCUCCGUCAACCCUCAUGAACCAGGGAUAGUGGAAAUUGGACAGGACAAGGAUAUCAUGGAAGCAAACAAGGAUUUGUUACAUGAUGAUAUUCUUAAGCCAAAGUCAAUACAUAGGAGUUCCAUUAUUAAUGCGAACAUAUUAUGGCCAUCCCCGGUUCCAUAUGUUUUGACCACCGGCCUUGAGAUGAAUGCCAAAGGAGUCGUCCUAAGAGCUUUUGAGCAGUUCAGGCUCAAGUCAUGCAUUGACUUCAAACAAAGGGCCUCUGAGCGCUAUUACAUUUCUGUCGAAAAACAGAGCGGAUGUUACUCAUAUGUUGGGCGAGUAAUACCAGAUGGACAGGUCCUCUCCAUUGGCAGUUACUGUGAUGGGAUUUCCACUGUUGAGCAUGAGUUUCUCCACGCUCUCGGCUUCUUCCAUGAACAGUCCAGAUAUGACAGAGAUGAUCACGUCACAAUUUUAUCUGAGAACAUCAUAUCAGGAUACGAAGGUAAUUUUGAUAAAGUUAGCAAAGAAGAAAGCAGCACCCAUGGAGUCCCGUAUGACUACAUGUCAGUGAUGCACUAUGGCCAAAAUGCUUUCAGUAAUGGCAACGGGUCUACAAUUGUCACCAAGGACCCCAAAUUCCAGGAUGUGAUUGGUCAGAGAAUGGAAAUGAGUCCCAGUGAUGUUCUGGAGCUGAACCGCCUCUACAAAUGCAACUCCACCGUUGCUUUUAAGAUGUACUGUGGCUUUUCUAAUGGGACCAUGUGUGAAAUGAAUCGCUGUUCUCGAAGUGGCAUUGACUGGAGAAUGGAAACAAAAGCUGCCGGUGGUCCUAGCUCUGACCACACCAGUGGCAGUGAACAUGGUUACUUCAUGCAUGCUAGCACAGCAUCAGGUGCGGAGGGAGACUCAGCCCGGCUGGAAACCAAGAGGAUGAGAAUCAGCAGAGAGUGUCACACCCAGUGUCUCCAGUUCUACUACUUCCACAGCGGAAAUGAGUCAGUUGUACUUAACAUCUGGAUCAGAGAGUUUCAAGAUGAAAAGGACUCUACAGGAAACAUCCGCCUCAUGGGACAGAUCAAUGGUCCACCAACAUCUCAUUGGCAGCUCCAACAUGUUUCCCUGAAUGCCACCAAACACUUCCAGGUGGAGUUUGAGGUUCGAAAAGGAGCAGGAAGCUCGGUAGGCGGCUUCUCAAUCGAUGACAUCAAUCUGUCUGAGAUUGAAUGUCCACACGUCACCUUACAGAUUAAUGAUUUAGAGAAUCAUUUGAGCAAUAGUAGUCUUGGAACCUCUAUAUACAGCCCACGGCAAUACUCCAGAGGGGGCUAUGCUUACCGGGUAGGGAUAAUACUAUACAAGACAUAUGUUGGCGUGUUUGUGCAACUGUUGUCUGGUAAAAAUGACGAUGAGCUGCAGUGGCCCUGCCCACAGAGGCAAGUGACCUUCCAAAUGCUAGAUCAAAACCAAAACAUCCAGCUGCAGAUGUCAAAGCAGAGAAGUAUCACCAGUGACCCAAGCUUCACCAAUGAUGAUGGAACCUAUGUUUGGGAUGAUCCCCGUAAGAAUGGAACCCAAUUUGUAAAUGAGAAUAAUGAGACUGUCUUUGCAAGCUACAAGAUUGGCCAAGGCUAUUUUGCAACUCUGGAACAAAUUAAAUCCAGAGACUUCCUCAAGGGAGGGAGUGCCAUUUUCGUCUUCGACUUCCAAGAUCUCACUCCUGUCAUUAAUGGAAGUACUCUACCAUGUCCUGAAGUGGGACCAGUGAAGAUUACACAUCCUCCCAAAGGGCAAGAUAAUGGCCCAUGCAAUCCACGCAUUUUUGGCUUCUCUCCUGCAAUGGUGUCCUCUCCAGUCCUCAUCCUCCUGCCAGCUCUGAUGCUUCUGACACGCUGA